AUGGAACAAAAUCUGAAUCUCACAUUGCUGACAACUGCGACUGAUCCAGAAGAUGUUACUGUGAUUCAGUGGGAGGAUUUUGAGCAAGAUCUUGCUAGGUUAUCGAGUCUUUCUUCUGCACUCAACCAAGCUAAGGAGAAGAAGCGAAACCUUCAGCAUAAACUCGAGUCUCUCAUACAGGUUAAUGGUGAAUCAUUGGGUCGAUUGAAUGAACUUGAAGAAAUGCGUCAAAAAUUGGAAUCAAAGAAAUUAAUGAUGGAUAAUAUGUCUAUACGUUCUAGGCUGGCAAAGGAGGAUGCUGCUAAGCAAGAAGAGCAACUUAGUGGUGCCUUGCAGUCGCUUUUGGUGGCGGGUGGUACUUUCUCUGUUACUAGAAGAAACCUUCAGGAAUCCAGUAGAUUACUCUCCGAAGAAGAUGGCUAUGUUCGUCUGAGAAACUUGCAAAAGAUGCUACGGAUGAGGCAACAAUACAUGACAUCUCAAAUUUUAAUGCUGUACCCUGUAAAAUUGGUAGUUGGACCAGCACAAGAGCAAGAGCUUGAAGCAUAUCCUUUAGGCAGCUCAGCAGGGAAUCCUCCUGAACUUAAACCAGUUAAUCAAGGAACCUUGACGAUUCAGGGUCUGCAUUUAAGUAUGGUAUCAUUUAGAAAGAUGAGUUUUUUCACAGAUAAAAAGGAAAUUCAGAAAUCUGCUACAGCCUUAGGAUAUGUUGCACAUGCUGUUUCACUUAUAGCUUCAUACUUGCAAGUUCCUCUACGUUAUCCUGUACGGCUGGGGGCCUCUCAUUCAUAUAUUAUUGACAAUGCACCCUCAAUAGAGCUAACCUCUUCUGAAGCUUCAACAAGUGCAAAAUCUUCCACAAACGUCAAACAUGUAGAGUUCCCCCUAUUUUUAGAAGGGCAAGACACAACAAGAGCAACUUAUGCUGUAUUCUUACUAAGCAAGGAUUUAGAGCAGCUUUUGAAUUUCAUCGGUGCCAAGAGUUUGGGGCCACGCCAUGUAUUGGCCAAUUUGAGGGAACUUUGUAGAACUAUCCAGUCUUCAGAUUUUCUAGACAACUUAAUCUAG